AUGCCAAAGCGUUUCGUUCCUUAUGUUUAUUUUAUUGAUAUUAUGAAUAUUUGUAGAAAGGGAAUUUUGUUCGGUAUUAUUUCUGAGUGUUCCUCUCUGGAGGCAACCGACUUCCAUUCUGUCCUUGUCUCUUUGCGAUGUUCAUUUGUCUUCAACACAUUAGUUGUUUCCAUUGCUUGCUUUUUUUCUUUCUUUUCAAAACUCUUACUUCUUUCUUAUUUUCGUUCUUUCUUUUUACUUUUCAUCCAUUUCUUUCUUUUCUUUCUUUUUUUGUUUCUUUCUUUUUUUGUUUCUUUCUUUUUUUGUUUCUUUCUUUCGUCCAUUCUUUCUUUCUUUCUUUCUUUCGUUCUUUCUUUCUUUCGUUCUUUCUUUCUUUCUUUCGUUCUUUCUUUCUUUCUUUCUUUCUUUAAUACUAUUCUUCUUUCCCCAUUUCUUUCUUUUUUUUCUCUCUUUCUUUCGUUCUUUCUUUCUUUAAUACUAUUCUUCCUUCCGUCCUUCCUUGUUACUUAUAAGCCCUUUCUUUCAUUUUUCUUUCUUUCUUUCUUUCUUUCUUUCUUUCUUUUUUAA